UCUGUAGGGUCAUAUGACAAGUAGAAUUAGUAGCCUUAGUGCUUGUGUUCUCUUCAGGCGACGCUUUUUUUUUAACUGCAUCUAAACAAUGGCAACGUUAGUCGCAACUCGUCCGGACCUCAACGGGCCAGAAGCUGCAGCCAGACAGCACGCACAAGCCGUGACAAGAAACUACAUUUCACAGCCCCGUUUGACUUACUCCACUGUGUCGGGGGUCAAUGGGCCGCUGGUCAUCUUGGACAACGUCAAAUUCCCUCGCUUUGCUGAGAUCGUCCACCUCACUCUGCCCGAUGGCACUAAGCGCAGUGGUCAGGUGCUGGAGGUGAUGGGCAGCAAGGCUGUUGUUCAGGUGUUCGAAGGGACCUCGGGGAUCGAUGCAAAGAAGACCGCAUGCGAGUUCACGGGUGACAUCCUACGCACGCCUGUAUCUGAGGACAUGCUGGGACGCGUAUUCAACGGCUCAGGGAAACCCAUCGACCGCGGCCCAGUGGUUCUUGCUGAGGACUACCUGGACAUCAUGGGCCAACCCAUCAACCCUCAGUGCCGUAUCUAUCCAGAAGAGAUGAUCCAGACAGGCAUCUCUGCUAUCGAUGGCAUGAACAGCAUCGCCAGAGGACAGAAGAUCCCCAUCUUUUCUGCUGCUGGUCUUCCUCAUAAUGAGAUUGCUGCUCAGAUCUGUCGCCAGGCUGGUUUGGUGCAGAAGUCAAAAGAUGUGAUGGAUUACAGCGCGGAAAACUUCGCCAUCGUCUUUGCUGCUAUGGGUGUCAACAUGGAGACGGCCCGUUUUUUCAAGUCGGAUUUUGAGGAGAACGGAUCCAUGGACAAUGUCUGCUUGUUCCUGAAUCUGGCCAACGACCCGACGAUUGAGCGCAUCAUCACCCCGAGACUGGCUCUGACCUCAGCUGAGUAUCUGGCCUAUCAGUGUGAGAAGCACGUGCUGGUCAUCCUGACAGACAUGAGCUCCUACGCUGAGGCUCUGAGAGAGGUGUCUGCUGCUCGUGAGGAGGUGCCAGGCCGUCGCGGUUUCCCUGGUUACAUGUACACCGAUCUGGCUACGAUCUACGAGCGAGCCGGCAGAGUGGAAGGCAGAAACGGAUCAAUCACACAGAUCCCCAUCCUCACCAUGCCUAAUGAUGAUAUCACUCAUCCCAUCCCUGAUCUGACUGGAUACAUUACAGAGGGUCAGGUCUAUGUGGACCGGCAGCUGCACAACAGACAGAUCUAUCCCCCGAUCAACGUGCUGCCAUCCUUGUCUCGUCUGAUGAAGUCUGCCAUCGGAGAAGGCAUGACCCGCAAAGACCACUCGGACGUCUCUAACCAACUGUACGCAUGCUAUGCUAUCGGUAAGGACGUGCAGGCGAUGAAGGCUGUGGUAGGAGAAGAAGCUUUGACCUCAGAUGAUCUGCUCUAUUUGGAGUUCCUACAGAAGUUCGAGAAGAACUUCAUCGCCCAAGGCCCUUACGACAACCGCACAGUGUUUGAGACUCUGGAUAUCGGCUGGCAGCUGUUACGUAUUUUCCCCAAAGAGAUGCUGAAGCGAAUCCCGCAGAGUACGCUGGCCGAGUUUUACCCAAGAGAGUCGGCCGCACGUCAGGGCACCUCCUAACCCCGAAUGACAAAAGUCAUGUGACCUUUUUACCUCCAGAAUCUGUGUGUUCUUCUAUCCUGAGUUCAGAGUACAGUAAUGCUUUAAACAUAUGGGUCUGAUACAGCACUGUAGCAUACAGUAUUUUCUAUAUUAUACUCUAGACAUUCUCAUGACUAAAUAUGCAGGGACCUAAACACGGUCUUCACAUGGCCCUGUGUGUAAAGUGUUACUCGGUGCUUUCCACUCAGCGGCGUUUGUACGUUUGUGUGUAAUUGAUUACUACUGUAAUACGUUUCUGGUUUUAGUUUUUCCCGCAAAGAUGUAAGCAGCCCUUUAAAUCAGGUAAUACAAAUGCUGGACCUUAAUCUCAUUCUGUGUCUUUUCCUCCAACCUGAAGAAAAUAUCCUGAGCUGAAAGGGAACAGCAGUGUGUGUGUUCAGUGACUCCUUUACACCCAUCUCUUUGAUUUCAUCUCUUUUAAAAUGUGUGUUUAUUAACAUUCCAUGAUUCAAUACAUAUUCUUUAUUACAGCAAUAGAAAUGUGUCGAGACCGUUUCACAGAAGCUGCAGUUAUUUUUGCAUCUGUAUUUUUGCACCUGAUUCAUGAAAUCAGUCGAAUGUGUAAAAAAAACGUCUGAGACUGAUGACCACCUUGGACGACAAGAGUCAAGCACAGUUUUACGGCUUAUUCCUUUCCUUUCCAUUAGCUCAACAGUCAUUUUUGGUUUGUCAGCUGAAAAUGUUAUUUUUACCUUUAGGAUUAUGUGUUGCCAUCAUGUAAACAUUCCCCUUGUGUGUAAGUUGUUUGCAGAUGUUCUAUUUCUGUGUGGAUUAAAAAUGAAUUAAAUUAUAUUGUUCUCCAGA